CACGAGUCGUGCGCAGGACCGUUGCACUCAUCGUUUUCACUGAUCACAAUCGCGUCUGCAAAAUUCGCCUAUUGCGACGCGCUGCGGCUCUUCUUACUCCGGUGGAGCGAUCAACGGGUGGCUGACAUCAACCCAUCCCUGUUGCCGCGCCAAGUCACUGCGCAACCACGUCUGGCCUAAUUUCCCAGCUUCACUGCCGAUUCUCACGUCGAUUGGGGCGCGCAAACACGCCAACGGCCCCGCGACGCUCACUCACCACCUGAAGAUUCCUUUUUCGACCUUUCGCUACCUCGUCACUCGCUCACCCGCCGCUGUCCGCACGCAAUUACUGUGGGCCCACGCCCUUUCCCGCCCAACACCGCGUCUAUCGAUAGCCUCUAUUCUUCGACCUCCUGCGUCACGAUCGCGCGCCUCUCAUUACUGUAACUUUUCGAAAACACCGCUGCCAUGUCUGACGACAUCGAGCGACCGCACCACAAUGCGCAGACCAUCGAGCGCAACCGUUUCCCAACUCUGUUCGAAGUGUUGAGCCGCAAGACGGUGGCACCGCUGGACCUGUUCUCCUUCUACAUCUACAUGCGCGACCAGCAGCGCUCAGUCGACUACUUGGACUUCUGGCUCGACGUCUCCCAGCAUCUUCAGCUAUGCCGUCUGUAUGUUAGACGCCUACACAGGAGUUUGGUCGAAGACACACCGGAAAUUGAGAAAGCGUCGAAGAGGUCUUCAUUCAUGCAGAAUUUCGACGAUGCUGGAGAGGGCCCGUCGAACGAGAAGGACAUGCUACAGGAGUCGCAAAGGUUGUCGCAGUACCUUAGAUCGGACCGACCCAGCAGAAACCAUUCGCCGCAAAAUAGUCAGGGGAGCAACCAGAGCCACGAUCCUCCACGCCCCAGCUUCGCUCAGACACCGGGAGACCCGACUUCGCCAGGACAGCUUUCUUCUGGCGACAACUCACAGCCCCGUAGGGAGGACUUGCGCGCAUCAGCAGAGAAGAUUCUCUACACAUAUUUGCUGCCUGGGUCGGAGAGGGAGAUCAUCAUUCCGCAGAGCAUCCUGAACGACGUACAGAAUGCUAUUGAAGGACCUGAGCAGCGUUCAGACCCGGAACUGUUUGACCAAGCUAAGGACUAUGUCUUCCAAGCUAUGGAGCGAGACGCUUUCCCAGGAUUCCUGCAGAACAAGGGUCUCGGAAACCUGGUGCCGCAGAGCAUGAUGAUCCGGCUCAUAGUAGGGCUGAUCAGCUUCUUUGCUGCGGUGUGGGCGGCGUUCAUUCUCAUCUUCCUCGACAAGUCGCGCGCGACCAGAUGUUGGCUCAUUCUUCCAUUCUUUAUCGCCAUCUACCUCAUCAUCACACACCAGUACAUGCUCGACCCGCUUGUUGCUAUAGCCGGGUACAGCGAGUACACGGUGUUCGACUUCAACAAGAUCAGAGAGAAGUUUGUGCAGAAGACACUCACUCGGCGCGCCACUACCGUGCUGGUGCUGUUUGGCAUCGUGCUGACUGCAGUCUGCUGUCUCUUUAUCUUGGUUCCCGGGAAGCGACUAUGAGCAUGGUCGUUUGUCUGCAAUGUUUAAUGCCCAUUUCUUAAUACCUGGCGUAGUACAUUUUAAUCGGCUCAGCGGGCCGCAAAGGAGGGGGACGGGUGGAUUUAUCAUCGAGUGUAUGCGUGAGGAGUAUUGGCUGCGCGCUGUGUCUUUUGUUUUCUUGGAUUGCGGUUCCUCCUGAGCACGGCGUUCGGGUUGGUCAGUGGAUAGUUGCGCAAGGCGUAUCAACUCAAUCGUAUUCUGCUGUCUAUAAUGAGCCGAGAGCGUGAGAAAUGAG